AUGUUUAAUUGUAUCAUUUGUACAGAGAAAACUCAGUUUACAACAAAAUGUCAUUGUCAAAUAUGUUUGCUAUGCUUACUUAAUUGGUUUGAGGAGAAAAACAAAGAUAAACGAAUUGAAAUAAUAAAUUGUCCAAAUAAAGAUUGUCUUUAUACUUAUAGUAGGGAUGAAAUCUUAAGUUAUUGUUCUUAUUAACCUUAUGAGAGGAUUUACUAAGAAAUCUUAUUGAAGGAAUAUCUAAAGAAUCAAGAUAUACGACCAUGUCCAAGUGGCAAAUGUAAAUUUUAUGGGUUUAUUGAAUUAUCAAAUAAAUGUAAUGAAGAAUUAGAAUGUUUGGAAUGUGGAUUUAAAUGGAGAGAUUUUAACUAAACUCAUUUUACUUUUAAGAAGAAAUACAUAAUAAAAAAAUUAUAUGAGAUCACCCAACAAUUUUUUUAUUGCUUGACUAGAGCUAAUGAGUGUCCUAAUUGUGGAGUUUUCAUAUAGCGAAUUGGAGGUUGUAAACAUAUGACAUGUAAGUUAUGUAAUCAUUAAUUUUGCUGGUAUUGUAAAACAUAAUGGGAUAAACAUAUAGAAACCUAAUGUUUCCUUUAAUAUAUAAUAUUAUCAGGAUUACUUUUAAAUCUCCUAAUAAAUAUCUUAUAUCAAAUUGGAAUAUUAAAAUAUGUAAUUUAUAUAUUUUAUCCAUUAUUAUGGAUAUUCGAAUUCUUUAUUUUACAUGUCUUAGUUAUUGGAACUUUGGUAGGUAUAUUUCUAUUUUUCAAAUCAAUAUAUGAUCUGAAAAGUAAGAAUAAUUCUAUUAAAGAUAAUCUUUUAGUUUUUGGAGGAUCAAUUUUAUUAUUGAUAAUCGAGGGUUUUAUCUUAUGGUUUACAAAUGUUUUUUUGUAAAUAACAUUUUGGAAGUCAUUUAUAGGGUUUUUAUUAGAAUUAUCAAUUGGCAUUUUCAUCUUAAGUUAUAUAACUAAAAUUGAUUAUAAAUUUGUAUGUCUAGUAAUUAUUGGUUUAUUUUUAUUUUAUACUUUUGGAUUAAAUGGGCUGGUAUUAUUAAUUUGGAAAAUUCCAGUGAUAAUUAGUGUUUAAUAUUUUCAUUCAUAAAUAAAUUUUAGUGCAAUUGCUCUUGGUGUGUUAAUUUUAUUAAACAUUUUUAAUUUGUCAGAAUUAUUUCAAUCUAAAUUAGUAUAUUUUUUAAUGGGAUCAACUUAUCUUCAUUAUAGAUAGGAAUUAAAAGACUUCAAUUUAGCUUUAGUAGGUAUAUUAGCAAUUAAUUAUAUCUAUGAAUUAAUAAUGACAUAUAUUUGA